AUUUUUGGUCGUCUGAGAAGUCCAUUAGAUUGCUCUUUCCAUUUUCCUUAUUUUCUCUGACCACCCUUUCUCUUUCCUUCCUUCUUACUGACUUUCCUCUUUGUUCUUUCCCACCUAGCUCCCUUUUCUUUUCCAUCCUUUCUGGUUUACAGCCUUCAUCUUUCCCUUCUCUCCCUUCUUUCUUCUUCCAAGAAAGAAAUUUCUCUCCUGUCUUGACUUUUCUCUCUCGUGUCCACGAGGUGGCGCUGUGGCCUUUAGGAAGGCAUUUGCUUUAAUUAUGCUUGAUUUAAGAAGCUGAUUAUAGUGCUGUAGAUUACAGACUGAAGCUGAGAGUCAACUUUUUUCAGGUUCAGUGACUCAUAAAAACGUUGCUUCAGGAGAUCUCGGUGUCUUGAAGCUCAGGAGAGUGUUCAGGUGGCCCUGAGGUGUACUGACUUGUGUAUAUUUAGACCUCACUGUGGACUGGUGUGUGUGUGAAAUGAUGUCAGUCUGCAAAGGAGGAGCUUGAGGAGGUGGGGGCAAUUCCAGGACACCACCCAUGUUGCUUUGACAGCUCCAGUAAAGCAUUGUGUGCGUACGAGUGUGUGUGUACUGGUUGUUACUGUGCUGUGAGACUUAAUGUUCAUCAUCUAAGUAUUUGGAGGAUCACCUGUGAGGAGAUCAAGGUUUCCUCCCCACCUGGAGUCUCUCACAACAGCUUCAUUACUACAGCUGGAUUGUUGUAGCUACAAUGGAGAGCUGGUGGUGGUUGGUGUGUUUGUGCCUUGCUGCUCUUACUGAUGGAACACAGCAAAACUCAAUGAGCUGCGAUAAAGUGCGCAAACUGCUACAGCAGUUCGAUGCAACAACUGGUGUACUGGACACACCUGGGACAGGAUUGGAUCUUCAGGUGUGUCUUAGCCGCAGUGUGACCUGCUGCACAAGGAAGGUGGAAGAACAGUACCAGACAGCAGUGCAUCAGGACAUCCGGAACCUUUUGCAGACCUUCAGCUCCAACCUGAAGCUCCUCAUCACACAGCAUAUUGCUACCUUACAAGACACUGUGUACUUGGUGGUGCAUGAAGUGCAGGACCACACGUUUUCCCACUUGAAAGUUUUGCAUGGUGACCUUGCAUUGCGUGCUUCCUCUCCACUGACUGAACUUUUCACUGAUGUUGGUCUCUUUGUGCUGGGGGCAGAGCUUAACCUAGAAGAAGCAGCGCAUCGUUUUUUCGACGCACUUUUCCCAUUGCUGUAUGACCAACUUGAGGAACCAGGCAUGCCAUCUUUAGAUCCCUUCUACCAAGAGUGUGUGCGGUCAUUUGGGCAUCACGCAGCAGUGUAUGGUAAUGCCCCAACACGCCUUGCAUUACUGGUGUCAGAUGCUUCACUGGUAGAGCGCAUGUUUCUGCAGUCAAUGCACCUUGCUGUUGAGGUCAUCAACACCACAGACCACGCUCAGCCAAGCCGCGAGUGCCGUCGAGCACUAAUGCGCAUGCACUAUUGCCCGCUGUGUCAGGCCCUGACGGACAGCAAGCCAUGCAUGGGCUACUGCCUGAAUGUGCUGCGUGGCUGCCUGGCCAGUCUCGCCGAGGUCGACGCCUACUGGCAGGAAUUUGUGCGCUCACUGGAGGAGCUUGCUGCACGCAUGCACGAUGGGAAUGAGCUCGAGCAUGUGCUGGCCUCAGUCCCCCUUCUCAUCACCGACGCUGUAGCUUACACGAGCAGGAAUGCUGCCAGACUUGCAUCACAGGUUCGUGGUGUGUGUGGAGAACCUGUACGUGCCGAUUCUGUCCAGCAGGGACGCGCUAGUGACACACUACACCUCCAAACCCCAGAGAGAAACACACAGGAAAAACUGAGUCACUGGAGACAAGAAUUCCUCAGUUCUUUGCGGCACUAUCGGGCAUUUUACGGAGGUUUGGCUGAUCAGAUGUGUGUUAGAGAGCUAGCAUCAACUGAUGGAGCCACCUGCUGGAACGGAAAUGACGUGGUCAAGAGUUAUACAAAGCGAGUUAUGGGCAGUGGGAUACGAGCCCAGGCACUAAACCCAGAAGUUCGGGUGAAGGAGGCUGAUCCGGUCAUUAACCAGGUGAUCGACAAGCUGAAGCAUAUCAACCAGCGCUUGCAGGGACGUUUUAUCCCUAAAUUGGGCACUCUGGACAAGAUUGAGAUGGGCAGUGGAGACAUGGACAUGACGUUUAGUGGACAAUGUGAUGAUGAGGAUGGCUGCUGGGGAUCUGGAGAUGGGGUUGGAGAAACCCGGAUCAUUAAACCACCUGAAUUGAGUGAACAGGAUCCUGGUGAAAACCCGCACCAUGGCUCACACACACAAGAUGCUGGAUACACACUUCAGGUUUCGGGCUGCAGGAACACACACGGCGAGGUGUCAGUUCUCAGUGCAAUAUACACACUGCUCAUGUUAUGGAGGUAACUCCUGAACACACUCCAGCCCCUGAACCUGGACGCAGUAAAGACUCUGUACUAGGACACCUUUUCUUCUCUUAUCUGUUUUUUUUCUCUAACUUGUGGCACAUUUCCACUGCCAACUCUGACCCCUGCUCUAUAACACUACUCCUUUGUGUUAGGGGCCCUCUGGAGUCAACGAGGGUGAAAAAAAGGACUUCUGACAUUCCCUUACAGACAAGGGCAGAUUUAAACGGUGUAGGUGAUGAUUAACAGGGCGGAGCUAUGCUCCUGAGGGAGGAUGAUUGACAGCCGGAGGGCACACAACUGACCCACAGCUUCUGACAGGAGUUUAAUCGAGGAAAAAAGGAAAUGGAAGAGAAAAUACAGGGAGAAACAUCCAGAUUUCGAUUGGUUUCAUCUGAUACCUGCUGACUUUUAAUAUCUGAAUAUUCAUCACUGUUGAAAUUAAUAUUCAUAAGAAACAGAGCACAGUCCAAUCAGUGUGGAGGGUUGAAAUGUAUCGUAGUCUUUACAGACAGACAAACAGACUGGAUGGGUGGGUUGGCAUUCAGACAGACAGACAGACAGACAGACAGACAGACAGAACAGAGCUUCCUGUAUAAGCCACGCCCACUCCAAAUGCAUUGUACAAGAAAGAUAGAUCGCCAGACAGACAGACAGACAAACUAACAAUAUGGAGUGGGUAUAAAGAGUCUACACACCCCUGAUGAAUUUGCAGGGUUCUGUGAAAUAUACAAAUAGUACCAAAAUAAGGAACAGGGGCGGAAAAUGGAUGCAUAAGUAUACACACCCCUUAACUAACACUUUGUUAAAAGUACCUUUUUCUUGUAAUACAGCACUCAGUCUUUUAAAGUAAGAGUAACACAUCUUGAUUUGGCAAUUUUAUUCCAUUCUUCCUUGCAAAAAAAGCUCUAGAUCUCUCAAAUUCAAUCAGGGAAUCUCCUUUUAUACGGCCCUCUUCAAGUCAUUCCACAGGUUUUCAAUAGGCUUUGGAUCCGGGCUCCGAUUGGACCGUUCCAAAAUGUUCAUCUUCUUGGAUUUGUUUUAUUGUCGUGCUGGAAAAUACACUUUUUCUUCAUCUUCAGUUGUCAAAAAGAGGCCUGCAGCAUAUCCCAUAGAAUGAUGCUGCCACCAUCAUGCUUCACCAUGGAUAUGGUGUUCUUUCGGUGAUGAGCAUAUCUUUUAUAUUUUCUGGAGACUUUGUUACACUUACUACUUAUUUUUUGCAGUAAAACCCAGCGGUCUUCAUUAUGUUUUUUGGGUUUUUUUUUUUUGUCUGAAAAGUGUCUCUUACAUCCUGUAAUAUGCUGCUUUUUUUUUUUUUUUUGCUUAUUUUAUUUAUUUUUUUUUUUUACUGUCAUGAAAACAUUUUUCUGUCACAAUUUAAUUUUAUGCUGGAAAACUAAGGUUUGGAAAUUGAAAAUGUUUAUGUACUGACUGAAUGUAGAAGUCGUAAAAUAGUCAUAAAAACAAGAUUCUUUUGCACACACAUAUAUACAUAUAUACAGGAUAUACAGUGCCUUGCAAAAGUAUUCAUACCCCUUGAACAUUUUCACAUUUUUCCACCU